AUAUAAUAUAUUAAUAUAACAAUCUGUGGAUACUGAGGGCGUGGUUCAACGAACACGUGAUCAACUAUCCCUUUAGUGAGUGGUCAAAUUGCCAACAAAGGUAUUUUCUAAGAACUGGUUAUUAGAAGUUGUAUUACUGGUUGUCUAAGCUAGAAUUAUAUCUCCUGUCUUGAGUUGUGGUGUUCUAUGACACCACCCCUACAGUCUGAAAAUAUUUGAAAUCUGACAGCAAAGAAGGGAUGUCCUGGAGGACUGACAUGUAUUUUGCGAAUAUAAAAAAUUAUUGUACAUAGGUAUGCUGUUAGAGUUUUAUUGAAAAUAGAGUUUAUAUUUAGAUUUAUGAGAAUAUAGCUGUUACGCGUUAGACGCUUCUAUAUAAGGUAAAUGCUGGAGGGUGAACACCUACAUUUAUCUCCUUUUGGCUGAUACGCACUCCUGAAAUAUACUCAUUGUCUUUGGAAUUUUGAUUGAUGUUUGUGUGAAGCGGCACUUGUUUUUGAGUGAUGUUUCAAAUUUCCGGUAAAGCUUUUAAUUGUCAUUUUGACUGCGCGCAAAUUUGGUAGACGUCAAACAGCCAACGUGUACAACUACAUAGAUAUCAACACCAAGGAGGGACGAGAUCCAACAGAAGUUACUCGUAUAUUUUGAACACCGAAAAUGUUCGCUUUAUGGUAUGGGGCCAUCUUUUACAGGGCUUACAAAUCCUCCUAUUUGGAACAAUGUGGAUGGGAGGACAGUGGGCACAGCCGGAAAGAAGAAAGACAGGGAUAACUCUCAGGUGUUGAACUGUUUUACUUUCAAAUCGAAAGUGUCCCGUGUAAGGGUAUCUUUACAAAGGUAUUGCCGGUAUUUCUUCCAAUACUCAUGCAGUACACAUACUGCCCCGGCAGUUGAAAUCAGCAGACGCAGGAACGCUUGUCCUAAGUUUCAAGGAGAUGCAAUCUGGGAAAAGAUCAGCGGAGUAAAAGGAAAGCCGGCGACCAAGGAGACAGCAGUAGUGUGUCCUCUACCGCCCAAGAAACCGGAAACUUCUCGCAUUCCGGUACCGGGGGUAGUAAGAUCUCCGUCGCCUCAGUUGGCUCCUCGCGAGCCAUCGUCUCCCAAAACGCCCCGAUCUAGAUCUCCGUUCCAACCGCCCGUCUCUUCAACACCAAUUCCGCCCGAUGACAUGAAGAUCAACAUCUCAAAAUCGAUUAUCAGAUCCCCAUCACCACAUCCGAGCCAAUCAGAAUCAUUUGAGGAUAUCGAGUAUGAAGAUGAAGAAGAAAAUGACACCAGCGACGUAGAAGAAGAUGACGAGAACUCCAUCAUCUAUUCAAUGCCAAGUGUGGGUUCCUCCUCAUCAUCUGAUUUCGUGCGCAAUGAAAUCGUUAAAAAUCAGAACCAGACCAGGUAGAUUGUUUUGAUUGUUUUGUUGCUUUAAUUUUUUUCUAGUCUUCCAGUUUCUAUGCAGAAGUGACCUUAUACUUUGAAUAUGAUCCUUUAAUUUCACCACAGCGUUUUGUCACUUUUGUUUUUGGUAUUUAUUUGUUGUUGUUGUUGUUGUUGUUGUUGUUGUUGUUGUUGUUUUAUAUGUAUUGUUAUUAAUUUGGAG